AUGCCCGGCGCCGACAAACCGGAAUCCUCGGAUUCCGAUUCAAAGCCAAACCUGUUGCAUCCUGCUUAUUCUGUUACGAAUAUUCAAUCGAAAAUCCGUACAUUGGAUGGCACCACGGUCCCUUAUUCUGCGUGGGUGAAGAUAUUCAAGUUACAUGUCGUUGCCUACAAGGUUUCGGCCCACAUAGAUGGCACUGCCGCCCGAUCCAAAACCGACCCCACGUACGAAUCUUGGCUCAAGCUUGAUGCGUUAGUUCUACAGUGGAUAUGGAGCACCGUCUCUGACGACCUCCUACCUCGUGUCAUGGAUUCGGACGGCACUGCACGCGGUGCAUGGGUCAAACUGGAGAAAAUUUACUUAAGCAACAAGAAAGCUCGUGCGGCGGCAUUAGUAACCAAAUUCGUGAACCUUACACUUACCGCAUGCUCUUCUUUGGAUGCCUAUUGUCAAAAGUUGAAGGAGUUAGCAAAUCAGCUUGAAGAUGUUGAUCAACCGAUUUCCGAAUCGCGUCUCGUUCUCCAAUUGGUCCGUGGAUUGCCUCAAGAAUUCGAUACUACCGCCUCAUUAAUUAACUCUACCAACGAUGAUUGGGAUCAAGCUCGUUCCAUGCUCACCGAUGAACUUAUCCGCAUAGAGGCACGCAUAUCCAACUCGUCCUCGGUCAUGGUUGCCACUGGCCCUUCUAAUCGGCCCUCACAGCAGCAGUCCUCCCAGCAACAGCCACAAUCCUGGAGUCAACAGCAGCCGCCAGCUUGGUCUUCACAGCAGCCGCAACCUCCAAACUUUACCCGCGGACGUGGACGAGGCUAG